AUGACUUCCAGGCUCAUUCCCAAAUGGAAUGAUUUUUUACGGCUCGUGACUGACGCCGUCAUAAAGGGCAAGAAACCCACAAUGGAUGAACAGAGUGACGUCAUCGUGCUGACCGACCGAUCCCAAAUACUGUUCAAAGAAUCUCGCUAUCCUCUUCCCAUGCCAACUAUAUGCCAUUACUUCAUUGAGGCUCACUUCUUUGCCUCUCUCUCCUGGGUGUCAUCCUACAUAAAAGAAACCCUGGCUGUCGUGUGGAUGAAGAGCAAAACCGACGACAUGGUUGAAAAGAGAACAUUUCCCAUGUCGGAGCGACUGCGGCCUAUCCUGGCGAUGGUGCACACAGGCCCCUACCACCUCAUCGUGGCCUACUGUGGUGACAUGAUCCUGAGGCUCUUUGGGGACCAUUUUCGGGCAUUCAAACUCAUGUCGACCGUGCCCUGCCGCUUUGAUAUCAGCUGUCUCUGCUUCGAUCCAGAAACAAAGAUGCUUCUGUCCGGCAUCCUCGGGGGAGUGAUCACCUGGACCAUUGAACAGACUGGCAAGGGCCUCCACAUGAUGCAAAUCUCUCCCAUCUCCGGUGAGGAGAUGGUCCAAAACAUCGACCUGAAUGGCCCCAACGGCUGCAUCAUGGCCCUGUGUGAGAGCACGCUGAGAGCCCUUGAACGCCAGGAGCAGGGGCAGCUGGGAGAGUCACAGAGGUUCGUAGCCACCAACUGCGGCUCCCCCAUCACCUGCUGCUUCUCUAGCUCUGAGGAGAACCUUCUGUAUGCUGGGAACAAGGCGGGGGAGGUCUAUGUAUGGACGCUCCUUCAAAGCCAGUCUCUGCACAGCUUCAGAGCCCAUCCCACGUUGGUGCUGUGUAUACAGAGCCGGUCAGAGGCGCACACCCUGCUGACGGCUGGCAAGGAAGGCAUAAUCAAGGAAUGGAACCUCACUUCCGGGAACCUGCUCCGGCACCUGGAAAUUGGUGAGGAGCUCUGUGGCCUCCAGUUUAUCGACAACACUACUUUCUUCUGCCAGACAUUGCACCAAUUUUCCUUGUGCCGUCUACCCGGCUUCUACAGUCUCUUCAAUGUCUGCGGUUCCAUUCCCCAGCACUUACGUCGAGUCCGCUGUCGGGACAACUGCUUCCGGAUCCUGUGCGCCACCGAGGAUGGCCUGCUGCGCUUCGUGUCUCCGGUAACGGGGGAUCUUCUGCUUAUCACUUGGCCUUUCGCAAUCCUCGACCACGCUGUGGACUGGGCCUUUGAUCCGAGUAAAGACGAGCUUUUCGUAGCGACAGGCACCUCGGAGGUGCUAGUGUAUGACACGAGCCGCAACCCUUGCCCCGUCAAGUAUCUCUUGUGCACCUCGCCCGAUACGCAGGACUACGUCCAGUGCCUGGCUUUUGGGAAUUUCCAUCUGGGGCGGGGCCUGGAAGGACUGAUCUUCUCCGGGCAUCAGAGCGGUUCGAUACGCGUGCUUUCCCAGCACAGCUGCGCCAGAAUUGAGAAAAUUGUUCACUUUGGGGCCGUGCUGGCUCUGUCAGUAUUCUAUGGGGGGCUUCAGACUACCCGAGAAAAUUCUUUGGUCUGUUCCUAUGGGAUAGACGACUACAUACAUCUGUCAGAAGCAGUGUUGACAGGGACCCGAUUACAACUCAGGACCCUGGCUUGCAUCCUCAGCAGCUGCCCACUAAAACACCUGGUCCUCCUGCCAAAGGCCGUCAGCGCCAUUACGGAUACCAACUGCCUACGGCUCUGGAAGUUCCACGAUUUCAUGUCCUUUGGGUCAAGGCAAGGCACCAAAUUCAUAGAGACAUUGCCUCUGCACCAGUGUCCCAUCACCUCCUUCGACGUCUGCUUGACCUUGAGUAUUUUCGUCACGGGCGGUUCCGACGGCUCGGUCCGCCUCUGGGAUUUCCAGGGUAAGCUCAUAGCCAUGCUGGAUUCGUCCCUGCACUUCGGCCCGCUCUGCUUCGCCAAUGACCGGGCGGACCUGCUCGUGACUUUCAACCAGAGCAUUUAUCUGGUGUCUUGUUUACAGCUGUUGCCCACAACCAUACUCUCUCGCCUCGCCCUUCUGACCGUACCCGAUGACUUCGUAGAAAUCCCCAAGCCUUUUAUGCCAAGUUUCUUCUUUUCUUUUGAGACCUUAUUCGUGCCUAAGUAUAGUUACCAAGGGCAACGGAAACAGGACCUACAAGGUCUGGUAAACCUUCCCAAUAAGCGGGCUAUCGCCUUUGAUCACAACGUGCCGCACGUCAUAGAAGAAGAAGAAGAUGGCGGCACCGUGUUACUGUCCGCUCCCCGGUAUAUUCCUUUGGAGCAAAGUGAGUUGAUGCCUGAGUUGGACAAGCAACCCCAGUCUCACUAUGUGAUUCCUCCCCAACUGCAGCUGACUGCCUGGGAUGGAUUGAACCCCUAUCAGAUACUGCGGUGCUACUUCGGACAGGGGAAGAAAUGGCUUCUUGCUCCCGACUGCUACAUCCCUAACUCGGUGAUCCGUGCCCGUCUUUGGCCAGAGGGCAGCCCAAUAUUCCUCAAGUGCAGCCUGCACCCACCCCAGCGGGACCUGGAAUGGGAGAAGGGCCAACCCUUCUUCUUCUGGCAGAGCAGGAUAAGAGCCACCAGCGAAGCGGGCCAAGCUCCACAGAAGGAAGACGAAGACUUCCUGGAGACGAGGCUGACCAAGGACAUCACCUACAGCGUCCUCACGGAUGCAACCAACCGCAGCUGGCUGGGGAAGAAGAUGAGCGAGGUGGCCAUCAACAGCCUGAUCGAGGCGAUCCUCAACAUCAUGGUCCACGCCAACCCACUCAAGUACCAGUGCUGUGUUGGUGCAUUAGGACAAAUCUUCGCCUCUUACCAGGUGUCUCCGACCCUGCGCUCGGAGACAGCACACCGCCUGCUGGACGACACGACCCACCCCAACCCACUCAUCCGAGAACUAGCCUGGGAGGGGCUGAAGCGCCUAGGCAUGAUCACCCAUCUCUUUGCCUUGCCCCUGGCCCAGGGACUGAUGGACAAGGACCAAAGAGUGAGGAACAAGGCCAUGAACCUAAUGCCCGACACUGGAGUCCAUUCGAAGAGCUCGCUGUUGACCCUGAUCCAGAAGCCAGGCCUUUUCCAGGAGUUGCAGCAAGAGAUGAUUGGGGAGGAAUCCCUGGAUCAUCUUCUGGGGCUCCGGCCCACAGACAUUCAAACCCUCAUUACUCAAAUAGAGCUGCGAUUAAAUGAUAAUCUAACAAUAUCUAAAGGAGAUAAGGUUGAUUUCUCUUUGGAAAUCCCGGGGUCUGUUGGGCCCAGUCAGGCCGUCUCCUUGCUCCUACUUCCCCCAGCGCCUGAAGUCCUUCAAAUCAAGCACACCAAAAGCCAAAGACAGAUCCGGUCAGCGGGCAGAAAACGGGCCCGGAAAUUAUUGCGAGGCCUCAGGAAGGUUAAAGAGACAGCUAAACAGCUGAAACACGAGGAGAUCACUGAUCAGGGUGAGGCAGAAGCCGUCCAGGCAGAAAUAACCCAGUCCAGGACAUCAGCCGGCAGCCUACUGAAGAGCCCCAAAGAGAUUGAAAUCUCAGAGAAAGAUAUUUUGAAGGAGCACAUUUCCGUAGCCAUGAGACUGAGGAAAAGGCUUCACCCAAAAGCCACAGACAAAAAAGACAAGAAAGCUCACAAAGCCCGCAAGCCCAAGAAGAAGAAGAAGAAGAAAGACGUAAAAGAAGCAAUAACAGAGGUGGUUGAGAGAAAGCUGUCUUGGAUAGAGUGGAAGAAGUCUUGGGAUGAAUGGCAGAGGGUCCAGACUCAGAGGGCAGUGCUCUGGGAAGACUGGAAGAAAGAGUGUGACAAGAGGCAUUUCGAAGAGGAGAGACUCCGGGCCGAGGGAAAGCUGCCACCAAGCGAGGAAGUAGAGCGGCCAGAGAGGAAGAGGCUGAAAUGGGACGAAUGGAAAGAGGUCUGGGAAAAUGUGUCAAAGACCAAGACCGAGAAAGAACUGGAUUUGGGGGAAAUGCCAUCCAAGGAAAGGGAGAGACAGGCCAGGAUGGACUGGAAACAAGCCCGAGCUGUGCGGCGGCGAGCCAGAGAGAAGAGGAUGCUUGCAAACGAGGAGGAGAAGCUUGCACAGGAAGAGAAAAAGCUCGCCCAGGAGGAGAGAAAACUGGCCCAAGAAUAUGUGAAGAAGGCUACCAAAGGCGGGAAACUGGCCCACAUAGAGAUGACCCUCGGCGAGAAAGAGAGCUUUCUGGGCCAACAAGAGGAAAUCUUAAGCCACGAAGCAGUGCUUCUGGCCCAGAAGAAAAAGAAGCUGGCCAAAAAGCUGGAGAAAAUGGCUCAUGAGGAAGAGAAAAUCGCAAAAAAAAUAAAUAAAGUGGGAGAGGUGGAAGCCGUGUUGGCCCAGAAGAUAGAAACCAUGAUGGAAAAGGAGAAGACUCUGGCCUUUGAGGAAAAGGACCUGAAAGAGCAGGUCAAGAACCUGGAAUGGGACAGAAGGGAGCUAGCAUUGAAGGAAGACGAACUGUACGAGGAAGUAGAAAAACUGGCCGAGAAAAGCGAGGCGCUGGCCAGGGAGGAGGAGAAACUGGCCUUGUAUGAGGCAAACCUGUCACUGGAGGAGGAGAAGCUGGCCCAGGAGGAAGAGCAGCAGAUGGAGGAAGAGAAAAGACUGGCCUGGAAGAAAGACAGAACCCCUGAGGAGGUGAAGAGACUGCAGGAGAGCAGGGAGAAACUGAGGGAGAAGAAACAGAGACAGGCCAAGGAGAAGGAGAGAAUGGCCCAGCGGAAGACAGAACUCAAAGAAAAGAAGACCAGACUGGCCCAGGAGGAAGAAAGUCUGGGCCAGGAGAAGCGCAUGCUGUCUCUGGAGAGGGAGAGACUGGCCAUGAGGGAGAAGGCUCUCGAUGACAAGGAAAAGAAACUCAUCAAGGGGAAGGAACAACUGCGGGACAUAAAGGACAAGCUGGAGACAUACAGAGAGAAGCUGAUCAUCUUAAGCAAGAAGCUGACGGAGGAGAAGGACAUCUUUGUGGUGAAGCGAGAGAAGCUGGUUGUCACAGAGAGGAAAAUGGAGCAGGCAGAUCUCCUCCUGGCAGAGAAGCAAGAGAAGCUGUCGGAGGAGAAAGUAAAGUUAGCCGACGAGAUCACGGCGGUGAUUCAAAAUAGCAAAGUUAUCAGAGCCGAGACCGAGAUCAUUAAGGAAAGCGAGGAACUGACCCAUGAAAUGAAAAGGGUGGCCAAGGAGAAGGCGAGGCUGGUGGAGGAGUCAUCAGAACAGCUCCCCACGACAGAGAUGGAGGAAGUGGUCUCGAGGAGGAGGAGGCUGGCCACACACGAGCUAGAGCUAAUAAAGAAGAGAGUGUCGCUGGAGGAGAAGAUUCUAGCAUAUGAAGACAGACUGUUGGCCACAGAGGAAAAGGACGCUGCCAGAGAGAGCCUGGAGCUUGCCAGGGAACAGCGGAUACACGCCCACGAAGAGAGGAAACUAGCCAAAGCCUCCAGGAAACUGGACAGAGAGAGGAGUGUCCCCAAGGAGCCUGCGGAGACGAGGAGAGCCUUAAAGGCGCUUCAAAACCUAGUCCGCAGAGCAAGGAGACUGACGCAGAAAGAAACACAGAUGACAAAGGUAAAUCGGUCCCUGUUAACUAAGGAGGCCGGGCUAAGUGUGGAGGAGGACAGACUUGACGUUAGGGAGCUGGAUGCUGUAGAAGAGGAACCGGAGAUCAUCACGGAAGAGAGGAAGCUAGCUAAGAUGCAGAGACGUCUGGCCAGGCAAAUGAGAAGGCUGAGAACCCAGGAGCAGAGUGUGGCUGAGGAAGAAGGGGAAUUUGACUGGGAACUAAUACAGGACGAAGAGGAGGAGGUGGAAGAGGAGGAGAAGAAGGAGGAGGACCUUGAGACAGAGGAGGAAGCACUAUUCUUUAAAGGGCCGUGGAUUAGGAGAAAAGGCUUCAUGGGGAUUCUUCCUGGGAUGGAAAAGUUUUACAACCUAUUAGAACAGGUAGAACACAAAGAGGACUUUUCUCAGGACAUGGAAAGCCUGUUGAAAGAAAGGGAGAAGGAAAGAGAGGCAGGAUGGGAGGAGGAGGAAGAGGAGGAGGAAGAGGAGGAAGAGGAGGAGGAGGAGGAUCGGAAAGAGGUGAAAGAACAAGUGGAGGAAGAGGAAAGGGAGAAGAAAGGGGAAGAGAAAGAGAAAGAGGAAAGGGAGAAGAAAGAGGAAGAGAAAGAGAAAGAGGAAAGGGAGAAGAAAGAGGAAGAGAAAGAGAAAGAGGAAAGGGAGAAGGAAGAGGAGAAACACUUAUUACGGGAAGAAGAGAGGAAGGAAGAGGCAGUGCUAAAAAGAGAAAAGCCAAAGGAACUGGUAGAAAGAAGGAAGGUCCUACAAAGACGGGAAAUGUACCCUCAAGCCAUCCCCGAGCUCAGAGGGAGCGCUAUAAGGCUGAGCAGCCCUUUUGGGAAAUUGGCCCCAGUAGCCGAGGGGGUGGAAGCGGAAGCAAAACCUGCGGAAGAGGAGGCCACAGUGUCCAAGAGACCCACAGUGACACCCAUGAUAUCCCUGAGGACAAAGGUGCUGGAUAGAGAGCGGGAGCUGUUGGAGAAAUUCAAACUGGAACCCCUACACCUUCUGGAGGCGAUCUCAGAGUAUGAAACAGCAGGCGUGAUCACGCCGUUCACGUCUCGGAUGGUUCAGAGAGCCAUGGAAGCUCACAGACUCCAUCUCAAAACCAAGUGGCUUCUGCAGCAUCACCCCUCUCUGGCGGGAUCAGUGGGGCGGCUGCGUCUCCCCGAGAUCUUGGCAGAGGAACGAUACUCGGAGAUAGGGGUGUCGGACAUUGAGUGGCUGCACGGCGUCUUGAAACAGAUGGAGGCAGGAGAAGAGCUUCCCAGAUACAGUUUCCACAGACUGUGCCAGCUCCUCAAAGACCUAACCGAAUCGGGUGACCUGCAGUGGCUACACCUGGCAGUGCUCGAAGCCAUCGUGCACCGUCACAAGCAGAUUGCGGAUUCAAGAUCUCUACAACCUAGUAGAGAACCUAUGAGCCCCAGACAUCUGAAAGUGAUUCCUCCCAUAAAGGGAAGGGAACAGGAUGUCUGGCUGAAACCUUCCGCUGUCCCCAGACCAGGGUCAUUAGCUACCAAAAGGGUUACAGACCCAAAUGUUAUACACUGGCAUCUUCUCGGAGAACCACACAGAAGCACACGGCUGCAGCAGCUCUCCAGUGUUCUGGAGGAAAUGGAGACACAGUCCCUUGAUCCCACCACCAGGGACAUCUUGGCGGAUGCUCACUCCUCUGUCAACAAUCAGACCCUGGCAUUGAUGUUUCAAAAGGAUUUUGGGGAUCUUAAAAGUAAAAGCAGGUAUCCCAAACUGCCUAAGUUGGAGAAAACGCCUACCUCCAAAAAAAAGGAAGAGGUGCCCCCGUGGGAGACAUUUGUGGCGCUCUACCAUGUUUUGCGGAUGCUACAGCAGCGGUAUGCCAAAGACAGGGAUACUUGGAUGGAAAAGUUUUACCAGCUCAUGGACCUAUACCAGGUUAAGUCUCCACGAAUCCAGAGGUUACUGCUGGACCUGCUACUGAGCCCAGAGCCCCAACCACAGUUCAAAGAGACCGUGAAGUCCGAGGAGCUGGUGCCCGGGGAGCGGCUACUCUACUGCUUGUUUUGUGGCGGCUCCCACCCCCCACAAAUCCCUCCAGAGUUCCGGAACGUCAUCCCCCUCCAUGAACAGAAUAACGUGCAUACCAUUAGCACCAAAGGCAUUACCAAGUACGGGAUCCUCGAACUGGCCUGGAAGAGCCUGCCUCAAGCCGACAUUCACCUCAUCAGGAAAGAGUCUGACGUCAUCGCUCCCACUCCCUAGCUUGGGGACCGACCGGCUCAGGGUCAGGAGUUUUCUCAGCUGGAGAAAGGCCUGGCCCUCAGAAACCAGGCCUUCCUCUGCAGGGCCUACACAGAGAGAGCCAGGUCAAAGUUGUUUGUGUGUUUGUUUGUUUCCAUACCCAGCUCCAGAAGUUAGUUUCUGUAUGUGGAAUAAACAGAAGGGACUCAAUCGCAACAAACUUUGAUGUGUCCCCUGAAGCGAGUGAUAAAUGUGUUUCUCCCACGGGACGACUUGUCUGACAGUAGGACGACU